GAUCGCGAAAGACAGUGCACUUGAGAAAGCCCAUCGCAGGCUGUCUCGGCGUGUAUGUUCUGAAUAGUUUGCAACAUGUUAAUGAGUUUUUACCAAGUUUUGAUUAAAAAUUCAUGCAGUGCAUACAGUAUACGAAAGAAAAUUAAUAGUGCAAGACAUUUACCCUCUUGAUCGAGUAUUUUUGUUAGUAUUAAUUGUGCAAUAAGGAAGGUGAAGAACGAUGCCAGGCAAAGGAGGCAGAAGAGGAAAAUCCGGUCAUGGUGGAAAAAAGGCUGAAUUAACAUCUGAUGAAGAUUCGAUUAAUAAUGAUGCAUGCAGCAUAUCCAGUAGUCAGUCUGAUAAUCAAAGCGUGGUGGAUGAUGUAAAUGAUAAUGAAGUAGAAGAAUUCUCACAACAGGAGGCAUUUGAGGAGAAACUGAAAGAAGCUAUAGAUGGUCUUACACAGAGAAGCGCAAAGGGCAGAACAAUUUGCUUUAAUGGAAUUGAAAAAAUUUUUGCUACCAAGUAUGUACCAGAUUUUGUAGAGGAUAGAAAAAUGACCAUCGCAGAUUCUGUGGAACGGGGUUUGAAAAAAGGGCGUAGUGAAGAACAGUCAACAGCAGCCAGAUUAAGUACUUUACUUUGCGUGCAAUUGGGAGCAUUUGAAAGUGCUGAAACAGUCUGCCGUGAUUUAAAAAGUACUUUGACUUUUAUCGCUGGCGACGCAACAGCUUCAACUCAAGCUCGCUUGGAGUGUUGUUGGGCUUUGAGCAUGAAUCAAUUUUUAUCGGGCAACGAUGCAGUAGACACUAUUGAAAUUGUGCAAUUACUAUCGGGUAUUUUUUCUGGCUCCUAUUUGAAAGGAAAUGGUGCUUUACCAAAUAUUUCGUCCAAAAUGGCAGAGUUACAUGCAGCAGCGAUUUCAUCAUGGACGCUUCUUUUAACUGUUAUGACUCCGGCUGAUAUAUAUAAUUUACUUGCAAGCGAUAAAACUAAUACUUACAUGCCUUCUCUGAAUAGAUUACGAGAAUUACUAGAAUCACCACAUUUGGAAAUACGAUUAUCGGCUGGAGAAGCUCUUGCUGUAAUAUUUGAACUUGGUCGUAAUUUCUCUUGCGAUUACGAACAAGAUUGGUCAUUGGAUUUAAUUGAAAUACUAAAAGAAUUGGCUACAGAUUCUAACAAGUACAGAGCAAAAAAAGAUCGAAAGCAACAAAGAGCUAAUUUCAGAGAUAUACUUCAUUACAUAGAAGAAGAUGUUGUACCAGAGAUGCAUGUCAAAUUCGGCCAAGAAAUUCUAUAUUUAGAAGGAUGGUGUGCACGAACUCAGUAUAAUGCAUGUUGUAGACUAUUGGGUCCGGGUAUCAAUAUUCAUCUUGCAGAAAAUCAACUUUUACGCGAAAUUUUCCACCUUGGUAAUAAAGUUUUACCAAUACCGUCGAAUCAAAAAACUACUAAAUUAGAAAGGACAUUGAUGAAUGCUGCUGCAUUUAAGGCGCGUACUAUUCAACGCAAUAAGAAUAGAGAUAAGCGAUCAGCAGCCUUGGCACCGUAAUUCAAUUUUCUGCUUUUAUAUAUUAGAUUAUUUGUUUUAGGAUAAUGCAAAUUCUAUUACACUUUUUAUUUAUUAUAACUAUUUGAUCAUGAGAAAUUAUUAAAUACUGUUUUCCCUAAUUGUCUAGUUUAAAUUCUGAA